CGAAAGGACGCAACGGCCACAAUCCCAAUCGGAGGAAGGAACCCAGAAAACAGCCAAGCAUGAGCGAUCUCGAAGACGACAGCGACGACCUCUCGUCGCCUCCCGCAUCGGCCAAGAAGCGCCGCCGCAUCCUUGGCGCACGGGACGACGAGGAGGACGGGGAGGAGGGCGGAGGCCGUGGGGCUUCUAGGGACAACGACGAGGACAACGACGAGGACAACGACGAAAACCCCGCCGCCGUCCGCCGCCGACGGAUGGAAGCCCUGAACGCCGAACGCCAGCGCAGGCGACAGGAUCGUCUGCGGAGGGAACUGGCGGACCUGCAGUCGGAGGAGCUCCUGCCCCUCGAGGAAGACGAAGAUCGCCGCGCGGACGACGUGGACGACGAGGUCGACCGGGAGUACGACUACGAGGACGGAAACCCCGACGCGGAUGCCGAUGCCGAUGCGGACGCGGACGCGGGCGCCUACCCCGGCGACGAGGACGAGGACGACGGGGAGGACCUGCUGGACAACGCCGAGCGGGACUACCAGCGCAUCGCGGCCCUCGAUACCUACGGCCGGGAGGGGAUCGACGACCGGGAGUACGAGGGCCUGAACGCGGACGCCCGCCGCGAGGUCGAGGCCAAGCUCCGGGAGCGCGACCGGAGGCUGGGCCUGGGGGGGAGGCGCCGGGACGCCGGGAUCUACGGGGCGGCCCUGGACGCCAUGGAGGCGGAGGAGGACGCGGACGCCCGCCGGGCCCGCCGGGGCGUCUUCCGGAGGGGCGAGGGGGGAGACAGCGAUCGGGAAGGGGCCGAGAGCGCCGGCGACGAGAGCGAGGACGACGAGAUCGACGAGGCCGAGCUGGACGGGGAGGACCCCAUCAACCUCGAGGCCUUUGACGUGCCGCUGCGGGAAUGGAUCGCACAGGAGCGGACCCGGAGGGAGGUCCAGCGCAAGUUUCGGGCCUUUCUCCGGCACUUCCGGCCCGGGGCGACGGAGGAAGAGCAGCAGCAGCAGAAGCGCCGCAGGAAGGCGAACGGGAUCUACGAGCAAAAGAUCCGGUCCAUGUGUGCCUCCAACAAGGCCACCCUGCAGGUUUCCUACCACCACCUCAUGGAGGCGGAGCCCCUCCUGGCCGUCUGGCUGGCCGAUGCCCCCAAGGACAUGCUGGACCUGCUGGACGAGGCGGCCACACGCCACACGCUCAUGAUCUUUCCCUCGUACGGGGCGAUCCAGGAGGACAUCCACGUCCGGAUCGCCGACAUUCCCAUCAUGGACUCGCUCAGAGACCUCCGCCGGACCCACCUCGACCACCUGGUCAAGGUCCACGGGGUGGUCACCCGCCGGGGAGAGGUCUACCCGAAGCUCCUCAUCGCCUACUACCGCUGCCUCAACAAGGACUGCCGGGCCGUCGAGGGCCCCAUCCGGAUCGAGGGGGUCGGCCAGGACGUGGAGUCCCUCAUGAUGCCCGAGGAGUGCCCGCUCUGCGAGGGAAGCCGCUUCAAGCUAGACGCGAACCUCUCCGUCUACGGGAACCUCCAGCGGAUCAACCUGCAGGAGACCCCCGGAUCGGUCCCCCCGGGCCGGGUCCCCCGCCAGAAGGAGGUCUUUCUGACCCACGACCUGAUCGACGUGGCACGGCCGGGGGAGGAAAUCGAGGUCACGGGGGUCUACGAACAAAAGUACGACUCGGGCCUCACCCUCAAGUCCGGCUUUCCGGUCUUUAGCACCUUUCUGACGGCCAACCACGUCCGCAAGCGGGAGGACGCCUCGGCCGCCGCCAACCUGCAGGAGGCGGACGUCCGGGCCAUCAUAGAGCUCUCGAGGGACCCCAAGAUCGGGGACCGCAUCGUCAGGAGCAUCGCCCCGAGCAUCUUUGGCCACGACAACUGCAAGAUGGCCCUGGCCAUGAGCCUCUUCGGGGGCGUCCCCAAGAACGUCAACGACAAGCACCGGAUCCGGGGGGACUGCAACGUCCUCCUGCUGGGAGACCCCGGGACCGCCAAGAGCCAGCUGCUCAAGUACGCCGAGGCUACGGCGCCGCGGGCCGUCUACAGCACCGGCAAGGGGGCCAGCGCCGUGGGACUGACGGCCGGCGUCCACAAGGACCCGAUCACGCGGGAGUGGACCCUGGAGGGCGGGGCCCUCGUGCUGGCGGACAAGGGGGUGGCCCUGAUCGACGAGUUCGACAAGAGUGAGUGCGGUGGCAGAAGCCCGGAAGCGACCGAAUCGUUUCGUUGCUUUUGUUUCGAUCCGUUGCGAGGAAAACCCGCCCUUUCUUGAUUUCCAUCCACACAUUACUGUUUUCUCACGUCUCCCAACUUUCAUCGAUGUUUUUUCACAGUGAACGAACAGGAUCGAACAUCCAUCCACGAAGCCAUGGAACAGCAGUCGAUUUCUGUCUCCAAGGCCGGAAUCGUAACCUCUCUGCAGGCCCGGUGCUCCGUGAUUGCCGCUGCCAACCCCAUCGGUGGCCGCUACGACAGCUCCAACACGCUUUCCGACAACGUCGAACUGACCGCUCCCAUUUUGCAGCGAUUCGACAUUCUGUGCGUUCUCCAGGACACCGUGGAUCCCGUCCUCGACGAACGACUGGCCAAGUUCGUGACCUCGAGCCACAUGUCCGCGGUAGCGACACGGGAUCUCAACAACGGGGAGGCCACCCUGCCCCCGAGCACCAGUGUCGCCCAGCAACAGGAGGGCAUCAUCGACCAGGAGCUUCUGCGGAAGUACAUUCAGUACGCCCGGACCAACGUCAAGCCCACGCUCCGGGGGAAUGCCUUUGACCAGGAAAAGAUUGCCUCCCUCUAUGUGGCCCUCCGCAGGGAAUCGAAGAAUUCGGGGGGGGUUCCCAUCGCGGUGCGGCACGUCGAGAGCAUCAUGCGCAUGUCGGAGGCCCACGCCAAGAUGCACCUGCGCGACUACGUCCGAGACGACGAUGUGGACGCCGCCAUCAAGAUGAUGCUGGAAUCCUUCAUCGUGGCGCAAAAAUUCUCGAUCCGGCGGUCCCUCCGAAGGAGCUUUGCCAAGUACAUCACCAGCGGGGAGGACCGGGCCCAUUUGCUGCUGCACAUUCUGGGCGACAUGAUGCGCAAGGAGCAAAUGUACCAGGUCAUCCGGCUGCGCCAGAAGGGACAAUCGGAAGACCUCCUGGGAAGGCUCGAGGUGCCCGUGGACGAACUGGAAGCCCGGGCCCGCGAGCGCCGCAUCUACAACGUGACGGAUUUCUGCAAGGGACCCAGCUUUCAAGAAGCCGGUUAUUUUCUGGACGAGAAGAGGGGCCUGAUCAGCCGGUCGGCCGUCAUUUCGACGUAGGAAAGAAACGAUCCCAUACCUGCCAAUGGUAUUGUUUUGGAAGAAAGCAGGUACAGCAAAGCACUGCAUUGAAGUGCCCUAUACGCAGGAACCAUUUCAA